AUGUCAGGAUUUAGUUAUGGGUGUAUAUUAAAUAAUUAUUUUAUUAUAUUUUCAUUACAAAGGUUAACAAAUAAAGUAAUUUUAAAAUCGAUCGAACCAGCAUAGUCUUGCACGUUCUACCCGUGAGGAAUAUUUCCAACUGCACGUGAAGGCAGCAUGCCGGCCCCUCCCCCUGGGCGUGUUCUUGCUGAGCUGUCAGUGGAGAGUAUUCGGGCUGUUUAUGGAAAAGUCUGGAAGUUUCCACGAGGUUUAUAAACAAAAUGGUCGAAGCGAGUCGGUGGGACUCCAAACUGACGACGGACUGAGAACGAGGCACAGGACUUCGCUUCCGCGUUCACUGAACUGUCUAUUAGGUGGGCAAAAUGGGAAAAGACUACUACGAGAUUCUGGGAAUAAAGAAAGGGGCGUCGGAGGAGGAUAUAAAGAAAGCGUAUCGCAAGCAGGCUCUGCGCUAUCACCCCGACAAAAACAAGUCACCGGGAGCCGAGGAGAAAUUCAAGGAAAUUGCCGAAGCUUACGAUGUUUUGAGCGACCCAAAGAAAAAGGACAUCUACGACCGCUACGGCGAGGAAGGUCUAAAAGGUGGAGGCUCUGCAGGUGGUGGCCCUGGCAACUUCAGCUACACUUUCCAAGGUGACCCUCAUGUCAUCUUUUCGGACUUCUUUGGUGGACGCAAUCCCUUCGAACAAUUUUUCGGUGCCCGCAAUGGGGGCAUGGAUGAGGACAUGGACACUGAUGACCCUUUUGCCCGCUUUGGAAUGGGUGGAGGUGGAAUGGGUGGGUUCCCCCGCUCUUUCAGCACUGGUAUGGGAGGAAUGGGCCCUCACACCAGCGUUGUAAAGAAGCCUCAGGAUCCACCGGUUGUCCAUGAUCUGCGGGUGACCUUAGAAGAAGUGCUGUCAGGUUGCACAAAGAAAAUGAAGAUCUCACGUAAGAGGCUGAACCCUGACGGGCGAACAACAAGGACAGAAGAAAAAAUCCUGGAGGUUAAUAUAAAGAAGGGGUGGAAAGAGGGUACCAAAAUUACAUUUCCCAAAGAGGGUGAUGAGACUCCUACAAACAUUCCAGCCGAUGUGGUCUUUGUAUUAAAGGACAAACCACAUCAUGUGUUCAAGCGUGACGGAUCAGACAUCAUUUACAAAGCCAAGAUCUCACUUAGAGAUGCAUUGUGUGGCUGCACAGUCAAUGCACCCACGCUGGACGGCAGAUCAGUGACGGUGUCAACAACAGAUAUUGUGCAGCCAGGGAUGAAGCGGCGCAUUAGUGGUGAAGGGCUACCGUAUCCUAAACGACCCGAUCGUCGAGGCGAUCUAAUAGUGGAGUACGAAGUCAGGUUCCCAGAACGGCUCAGCCAGAACGCCCGGGACACCAUCGGUCAGGUUCUGCCAAGAUCUUAAAGAAGGACCCUUUGGACUGUUUCCUCUUUAAGCUGCCAACCACUGUGUGUCAGUCUUCACAUGGAAGUUCAUGUGGAGGUUAACCUCCACGACACAAAACACAACCUCCUUCGCGUGUCAACCCAAUUGUAAACAGCACCAUGGGAAAAUGCUCACUGUAAUUGAGUCCAGCAUUUUACAGGCUAUAAUUUCAAAAUGACCAAUUUAUUUGGUUUUUGUUUUUCUAACAAAAUGUUAUUAUAUUUUGCUAAAAAUAAGUUUAAUAUAUAAAAGAUAUGUUCACUGUCUUUGUUUAAUAAAAGUUAGUUUCGUUUUAUAGGCAUUUGCAACAUUGCAUUGAAUUGUUAAUGUUUUGGAUGGGACAAUAAAAUGCAAAACAAAUAA